AUGACGGAGUUUCUUUUAGCUCAGUCACCUUUUCCUUCCUCUCAAGAGAUUGUUUCUUCUCAAGAUAUCCCCAUGUCUCAAGAACGUACAUACAAUGGAAAGUUGGCAAUUAAAAGAUCUUGCAAGGCGGCUGAAUGGGAGUUUAUUAUAAAAGGUGUUGGUCAAUAUUUUUAUGGAGGACCAGAUGAAGCUCGUCUUGUUGUUGAGAAAUAUAACCAUUUUUUUGGUCGCAGGGUGAGAGUCGUCAAGAGCAAUCCAGAACGAUAUACGGUCGAAUGUUAUUACAAGGAGAAAUUGGAAUGCGACUGGAUGUUCCAUGCAGCUCCCAAGACUUCAAAUGUGAAGGGUCACUUAUUCCUCAAGGCCUAUGAUGGGGAACAUAAAUGUUGUGCUGGUUAUAGUGAUGGAACAAAGGCUGAUCCGGUUACGCGCGAACUUAUCAAGAGUUUGAUAUUUGAGCAGAUUGAACAGAAUCCCAACAAGAAAUCCAUGGAUAUUGUUAGAGAACUCAAAACCGUGAAGAAACACGAUCCAGGUAGUAGGGCUGAUUUAGUUGUUGAAGGUGGCGAGUUUAAGAGUUUGUUCUUAGCCUUCGAUGCUUGCAUCUCUGGUUUCGAAUAUUGUCGCCCGGUACUGUUCUUGGAUGCAACUUUCCUAACUGGAAAAUUUAGGGGUUGUCUUAUGGCGGCUAUCGGGAAGAAUGCGAAUAAUGGAUUAUUUACUCUGGCAUAUGGUAUCGUAUCAGCUGAAACUGUUGAGAAUUGGCAUUGGUUCUUGAAGAAACUAGAAUCUAUCUUGGGUCCUCGUGUACUAACUUUUAUUUCGGAUCGCCAUGAGGGUUUGAUCCAAGGGAUUCGUGAUGUUUUCCCAACUUUCUAUCAUGCUUGGUGUUACCAGCAUUUGAAGAAUAAUGUCCGCAGUAAGACCAAUAAGAAAAAGGGAGAGCAUUGUGCUGCGAUGGGUUUGUUCAAAGAAUGUUUCUAUUUAUCGACUCAUGAAGGCUUUGAUCAGGGUAUGCAAAAGUUGAAGGAUAUGGGAUGUGAUGGUCUUCACAAAUUCUUGAGUGAGAUUCCAGUGGAAUGUUGGUCCAAUGCACAUUGUCUGGGUUGUCGUUACGACGACAUGUGUUCAAACAUUGCAGAGUCCUUUAACUCUUGGAUCAAGGAAGCAAAAGGUAUGCCUAUUGCAACACUUGUUAACUGGAUCAGACUUAAAAUUAUGGAACAGAUGAGUACAAGGAAGAGGAAGGGGGCGACGUAUAAAGGAUUCAUUUGUCCCAGGCUAGAGAAAAAAGUGUUGGCUUCCAUUCGUGCUGGUGUCUAG